AUGGCUGCCAUUGGCUCUGUGGAAGCGUCCCUCACCAGCACAACAAGUGAACACACCUCGGGCAUCGCCAGCCUCCAAUCAAGCAUUACUGCGGCAGAGUCAUCUCUCGGCGCUGCCGUCUCAGAAAAUACGGCUGCUGUCAACAACGCUGUUAGCAGCAUUACGGACAAUCACAACGAUCUCUCGGCCCACGUGAGCGCGUCAGGGCAGGUUGUGGAUCUACUCGCUUCCAGUCUGGAGAGUCGCAUUGGGUCCGAGGUCAACACCGUCGCCGGCGAGCUGGAGUCGUUGGAAGCCGCUGUGACAGACAGCCUUGCCAUGCAAGUGCAGUCACUGGAGACGCAGCUCUCCGCAACGCAGCAGCAGCUGAACAUGGCCCGCGGACACGCCUGUCGCAGCCUAACGUGGUCGGAUGAUGCAGGUUGCACCGUGGAUGUUCCAACACGCGCGAACCACGACUUUCCCGACUCGCGCACCACUAGCACAUCCUGGUCAACAGUGUCAGCGAGGGUCUACACGGUGUACAAGCAAGGCGGGCUUGCCGACACGGGCCUGCGCGUCACGUGGACCGAUCUGAUGGGCUUCCUUGGAACAGGGUCCAGCGGAACAGCGGCAGAUUACCGCCUCCUGGUGAACGGACAAUGUAGGGAUGGCCGUUGCUACAAGACGGUGCACAGUGAUGGCUACACAAGCUGGUCCAUGUACUCCAACGCCUGGACAUGGUGGCUUAUGGACCUCCCAGAGGGAACAUACGAGUUUGAGAUUCAGCAUCGCCGCGACUCCCGCGCCUCCCGCCUCAUCGCUGGUUGGAAGAGCAACCAGGAGAACACGCUUGCAGUGGAGGAACUUCCGCUCACGGAAUUCACCGUCAAGCAGCACAUGCCAGAGCGUCGCACGACCACGACGUCGUUUGUUGAUUUGCCGGAACGCGUCGCCCAAUACAGAAAGACGGAAGCAGACACCGACCUCCACAUCAUCUACUCUGACACGCUUGGCUUCAAUCAGAACAGGCAACACACGACAGCAUGCGGCUUCCAAGCGCUUCUCUACCGCCCAAACCAGAAGGACUGGGUCAACCUUGGCAGCAACACAUUCCAUACGCACGGCGGCUCUGGCUGGCAGAUUUGGCCGUUUGAUAUCCACUACUUUGCCGAAGCAAGCUCACUCAACCUGGGACCAGGCAUAUACACCGUGAAGCUCCAGUGGUACAUGGGUGGCGGCUCGAGCCAGAUCCUUGCUGGCUGGCCUGGGUCUGAGGCGAACAGCAUCUCCCUGCACGAGCGGCGUCGUGGUCUCUACGUCAUUGCGCCAUCGCCCGUCUUCUCUUCAAGCGGCUCCCGGCGCGACUUCAGAGACAUCCGCACAACGUCGACCUCCUACACCGACCUGAGUGACAGGAUUGCGACCCAUACGAAGAAGGAUGACAGCAGCCUGAUUCGCGUCACGUACAUGGACACAUUUGGCUCCAAGAUCAUCGACAACGGCCAGAGUGCGUCGACGAAGUGA